CACACACACACACGCACACACAUACACACACACACUGAGGCAUCACCCGCAUACACUUCCUCUCAGAGUCAGAGCAGCAGACCCAGGAGCUUCUGUGGAGCAUCCAGUCAAGUACGGUUUCAACCCAACACUGGACCAAAAACAAAAAAGGGCAGAAACACAGAAUGAGGGUGAUUUUUUUCUCUUUGGGUGUCCUUCUGAUUAGUACAGUUAAAGGAGAAUUUAGCAUCACACCAGUAACAGAUGGAGAAGGAAUAAAACUAACAUGUAAAGGAGGUCAUAAAUGGAUAUCUAACAAGAACGGUUUACAAACGGAGCACAAUGGGACUACUCUCAAACUCCCAUAUCAGGAUGACAGUUCUGGGGAAUACGAAUGUUUUAAAGCAGAAGAUACUGAUCCUGAAAACUCCCUGGGAUCUUAUCAUGUUAAAUUCCGAACCUGUGAGAACUGCAUUGAGCUGGACGCAGCUGCCCUGGCAGGGAUCAUCGUUGGCAACGUUGUGGCCAGCAUCCUCAUCGGAGUCGCCGUGUACUUCAUCUCCACACAGUCCAACGGCCCGAGCUUCCCAAGCAACAAAGCUUCUAAAGAAUCUGACCGAAGGAACCUGAUCUCGAAUGAUCAAACUUAUCAGCAACUCGCCCCUCAUGGACGAGAUGAUUAUGAUGUACUCCACACAAGGAGAAGAUGAGCCCUCGGUUCCCUCAACCAAGCCUUGUCAACGCAAAAGAAAAUGACAAACAAUAUAAUUUAUCCUCUGGAUUCAAUCUCACUGAACACCAACAAUUCACAUACACCAUAUAUGAAUAGUCUGUCUGUCUGCCAGGGUACAUUAGCCUAUUUUCUCUUUCAUGGAAAAUUCAAGCGAUAUUUGAUACGUACAUAUAUUCAACAAUAAUUGCAUAUAGAUAUAGAUAACAGUGCUUUUUUAAAAAAAAAAAAAAAAAACAUGUUGAAACCAAUUGCACAAACAAACAAACUAGACUGUAAAUGCAAGUUAAAUUUUCUUGGUCAUUUCUCAAUGCUUCCAAAAAGGUAUAUCUUGCACAAAUUCAUAUGUGUAACAGUGUGGGAUCCAGUUUACUGCCUAAUGAAUUGACUGUUUUCCUCAUAAUAACGUUUCCGUAUUGCACAUUCUUCUGUUGUUCCACACAUAUUCUCAUGUUCUGUAUGGCUGUAUUUCAACUGUAUUAAGUUACAAGAGUGCAUUUACACUGUUUUUCAGUACAUAUUGUCAGCAACAGCAAGCGCAACAGCAAUAUAUUGUUCAGCACAAAUUUGUAUGUGUGACAGUGUGGGAUCCAUGAAUUGACUAUUUUCCUCAUAAUAACUGAGUGAAACAAUGUUUCCCUUUUGCAUUUAUUCUGUCUAUUUCGCCUGCAUUUAUUAAUUUAGCUGUAUAUUAAGAUACAAGAGUGCAGUACAUAUUCUCAUGUUCUGUAUGGCUGUAUUUCAACUGUAUUAAGUUACAAGAGUGCAGAGUGCAUUUAUACUGUUGUUUAGCACAUAUUGUCAUGUUUUGUACGGCUGUAUCUUAACUGAAGAAUAAGAGUCCCACUUUUUUUACAUUAGCGAUGCAUAGGUACUGUCUAAUACUUAAUUUAUUGAGGAGUAAAAUGUACUCUUAAUUACAUGGCAUUACACAUUAGAUCGCUUAGAUUUCCUAAAUGUGUAAUAGCAUAAUAUUAUAUGAAAACAAACGUCAUUCAUUCCUUAUGUUUAUUUUUUAUUAAGACACACAUCUGAAUGCUAUAGCCUACCAGUGGUAAAGGAGAAACUUUAGUAGCUUUUAUGAAUUAUUUGCAAAUAUGACUUGCCUGUUAAAAGUUGAUGGCUUGCAAAAUGGAAGGGGAAAUUGUGACUCAAGAUUUUCACAAUUGGAGACAUUUCUACCCACCUGUUGGAAGUUCAAAUAACCAAUAACGUGCCAUUUGUUCCUUUAGAUUACUCAAUGCAUUGGAGCUGUCUCAUUUUCUCUCAAUGUAAAGGAAUGUUGUGUAAUGUACAAAUGACAUUCUUGAAUAUUUUCCUGCAGUUGUGUGUUCUAUAGAACUUUGUUUUUGUCACUGUUUAAUGUGUGUGUCAGAUUUGUUCUUGAAGAAUUAAAGUCAUUUAGCUCAUCA